CGUAUUGCUGCAGCUCUUUGAGAAGUAACGGAACCUCUGCAACGCCUGCUUGAUUCACAGGCAAUACACCCACUGCGUGUUGCCAAAGAGUUUCCAUGCCUGCAUACUUGCCACAUCACCACGCCCAUAGCGUGUUGCGGGGAACUGACACGCCGCUGAUAACAGAUUCUGUCACCAUACUCUUUGUAUGUUGAAUCUGACACAUAUAAAAUGAUAAAAUAUCUCCUCCAAUAUUGAGCAAAAUCACCACUACACAUUCCAUAUGGAAAAUAAUUUAUGAUACUUUUAUUUCAAAACUUUCUUUAAAUUUUAGAAUGAAUAAUUCACUGCUGACAGCCAAAAAGAAAAAAGGCACUCAUUCUUUCACUCCUCAUCAUUUUCACUUUAUUCUUAGCUUCACCAAAACCUAUAAGAACUCUCCCAGGACAAAGCAAGGUUUCUAAAUUCUAACUUCUUUUUCCCGUUCUUCUCUUCCCUCUUUACUCUUUUCUUUUCCCACAUUUAUUAAGUUUAAAUUUUAACAUAUAAUAAUAUCGCUGACACAAUAAAACAAACACAUAGCAUGCAUUCAUUCAUUCAUUCACUUUCUUUCCCUUUCUCUUUCUCUGUCUCUGUUUGAAAACAAAUGAAGCCAUCAUCCACCACUGAACCAACCAAAUCCACCACCACCAUUUCCAUUACCACUCUCUCUCCACAAAACGAAGAUCAACAACAACACAACGUUCCAUUGCUCAUGCAGCAGCCAUGUUAUGCAAGAUCAAAGCCUAUAAGCUCGGAUGAACUUCGAAACCUUCGCAUCAUUCUUAAGUGGUGUGCCCUUGAUCACUCUUAUUGCUUUGGAAGAAUAAUUUCUUAUGCGUUGUUCGUCGUCCUGGCAGUGGCUGCACCUCUCCUCAUCUCAAUCUUUAUCGGUGUAUCUCACUCUGCUUCCAUUGAUGACCCCUUUAAAUUCAACAAGCUUGUUCAGUUACCGGAAUCGGCCCUUGCUGUAAUCGCCUUCUUCACUCUCUCCCGUUUCUUCCGAAGGUAUGGCCUUAGGCAACUUCUAUUCUUAGACAUCUUACAAGAUGACUCAAUGUACGUUCGACGUGGCUACACACGGGAGCUUGAGAAGGCAUUUAAAUACUUAUCAUUCAUAAUAUUACCUUCAUUCUUUGUACAACUGGCACACAAGAUCCUCCUCUUCACGACGGCUAAGAUCACAGUCAGACACAUCGGCCCGGCCGCCAACGGUGGUCAGUUCCCUCUAAAUUCAAUACUCUUCCUUCUAGUCCUUGUUUCAUGGGUUUACAGAACAGGGGUGUUCUUGUUAAUGUGUGUGCUAUUCAGGCUAACAUGUGAGCUUCAGAUUCUAAGAUUUGAAGGGCUUAAGAAGCUAUUUGAAGGUUGUGGAGAUGGUUGUAAUAAUGAAGCAAGUGUGAUAUUUAGGGAACAUGUUAGGAUUAGGAGGCAGUUAUGGGUUACGAGUCAUAGGUAUAGGUUCUUUAUAAUUGGUUCCUUGGUUACUAUCAGUGUUAGCCAGUUGGCUGCUUUGUUGCUUGUUUUGGAGUCCAAAUCUCACAAGACUUUCUUCAAUUCUGGUGAUCUUGUGAUUUGUUCAGCUGUGCAGUUAAGUGGAUUCUUGCUCUGUCUAGUAAGUGCAGCAAGAAUCACACACAGGGCUCAAGGGAUAGUCUCAAUUGCCACAAAAUGGCACAUGUUGGUGACUAAUGCUUCUGCUGAAUCAGAGCAAUUUAAAGCUCAAAUGAUGCCACCAGAGUGUGAUUCUGAUUCUGAUUCUCAUUCUCAUUCUGAGGGCAUAUACAUAUCAGUAACCUCACAACAGAGACCUUCUUCUUCCUUCCAAACAAGGCAAGCUUUAGUGACAUAUUUGCAGCAUAACUAUGGAGGGAUAACGGUAUUUGGGUUCCUACUUGAUCGAGGAUUGCUUUAUACUUUGUUUGCGUUUGAAUUCUCUUUGGUCAUGUGGAUUCUUAGCAAGGUCGUUGUCUUAUCUUAAUUAAAGUUUGAGAUAAUUAAUACUUACAUUUCCCCUGCCUGAAGUUGCAAGAACGAUUGAAAUUGGCCUAUAUAAUUUCAAUUGACUCA